CCUCUCAACUGAAUCCUCAGCUCUCAACACCAUGUGCUGCAACUACUACGGAAACUCCUGUGGAGGUUGUGGAUACAGCUCUGGCUAUGGAUAUGGCUCUGGCUGUGGAUACGGCUCUGGCUGUGGAUAUGGCUCUGGCUGUGGCUCUGGCUCUGGCUGUGGCUAUGGUUCACGAUAUGGCUAUGGCUGUGGCUGUGGAUAUGGUUCCAGGCACGGCUGUGGAUACAGCUCUGGCUGCGGAUACGGCUGUGGAUAUGGUUCCAGGUACAGCUGUGGAUACGGCUCUGGCUGUGGAUAUGGCUAUGGUUCCAGGUACGGCUGUGGGUACGGAUCUGGCUGCUGUAGCUACAGACCAUCUUGCUACAGAAAAUGCUACUCUUCUUGCUAGUCCUCACCGCAGUUCCUUUGUUCUGUCUCUCAACACUCCAAAAGCAAGUUCAACUGGAAUCUCCACUACUAUUUACCUCAAACCAAAGAAACCACUGACUAUUGUCUGUUGGGAUGGUGAAAAUACAUCAAAAUUUUUGUUCCUGUUAUAGAAUGAGUGGCCCCAUCAUAUCUGGUAAAAUAUUUUAGUGUGUUCAAUAUUAAAGUUUAAAAUCCUUAGAACUUUAUCUUUGUGCCUAUGUUGUAGCUGU